AUGACUUUAACCACUGCACCCUCAAGAAGGUUUUUGAAAAGUCCUGCUGCAGAGGAAGCGUGUGACUAUCUCACUACAUUUCUGGGUAAAAAUCCAUUACUACUGAAAGAACUGGAUCUGAGCAGAAUUGAAUUAGGAGUUCUGGGUGGGGAGAAACUCUCUGCUCUUUUGAUGGACUCUCACAGCAAAGUGGAGAAAAUAAAGCUUUCAGACUGCAGCAUUACAGAAGAAGGUUAUAAAGCUCUGGCUUCAGCUCUGAAAUCAAACCCUUCACACCUGAUAGAGCUGGAUCUCACAGGAAAUGAUCCUGGACAAUCAGGAGUGAAGCAGCUCAGUGAUUUACAAAAGGGAUGGUGGAAUUCACUGAAAACAACACUGAGGUUUUUGGGUCCUGCUGCAGAGGAAGCCUGUAAGUAUGUGACUGGAAUUGUGGGUACAAACCCAUUACUCCUGAGAGAGCUGAAUCUGAGUGAACAUCAACUAGGAGACAAACAAGUGAAUCAGAUCACUGCUCUACUUCAGGAUAAACACUGUAAAUUAGACAUAAUUCAUCUGCGUAAGUGUGGUCUAACAGAGAAAAGCUGUUCAGCUCUCGCUACAGUCCUGAAAUCAAAUUCCAGUCUGAAAGAACUUGACAUGAGUGACAAUAAUCUGCAGGAUUCAGGAGUGAAGAAACUCCUGGACGGAUUAGAAAAUACAAACUACACACUGGAGAACCUCAGGUUAAAUAAAUGUAACUUAACAGACAGAAGCUGUUCAGCUCUGGCCGCUGUUCUUGGAUCAGAUACCAGUCUGAAAAGAGCUGAACAUGAACAAUAAUAAUCUUCAGGAUUAAGGAGUGAAGGUGCUCU